CGCUUCCAAUUAGCAUGAAACAAGCCUAGGGUCUUCUUCUUCCUUUCUCUCUCUCUAACCUAAAACCCAUCUUCUUCCUUCUAGCAUUUCUCGUCGUUACAUCCAUUGGCGCCAUCGCCACCAUCAUGCCGCUCUGUCUCCCUCCGUUUCUCAAUCCGAUGUCGCCGCUAUACUUUAUUCUUCCGGUACAACCGGAUUGAGGAUCUACGAAUUCCCCAAAAAUCCUUGUUGAAUACAUGCCUCUCGAAUCAAAUCAGGUAGAGGAGGACCUCGAGGUGAACCUAUUUCGCAUAUUAUAUCCCAUCCCUAUUCGUGUCAAUAAUACCUUCGGUGGUAGUUCUGUUGGUUCUGGCUCCGACGACUUCUAUCAGAAAGUAGUUGUGAAAUUGGGUGUACACAACGAUAAAGAAAAACAGAGGGCUAUGAAAGCAACUUCCAGCCUUGCAGGCUUAUUACCUGUUAGCGGUUGCUUUUACCAUCAUUUACAAAAACUAAACAGCAUCCUUAGAACAUCUCAGUGUAGGUUGGAACUUACUGCUGCAGAAAAGGAUGGAUUUUUCUCUGAGAUAAAUAUGGCUAUUGCUAGGAACCAUGGACUAGAAGUGCAGUUCAUUGGACUCAGUUUCUUGAGUCACUGGUGUCUGAAUUUUCUCCAUCAUGUUAUUGAUUAUCUUAAGGUUUUUCAUUUUGUUUAUCAUCAUCUCAUUAAACCAUUUCCUAUAACAACAUAUUUUCAGGAGCUGUUUAUUUUCUUUUCUCAUUAUGUCCUGUAUGGGUAA